AUGGGAAAUUGUUCAAUGAGAGCAAUCACAGACACUUCACCGGAAUACCCACUCAGCAAAACUACGUUCGAAGGUUUCGCCGGAAAAGCGGACUCCAAGUGGAGAAAAUCGACUGUGGAGGUGCUUCCGCCACCACGAGACGGCGUUUGGAAAGUGAGAUUAGUGAUCGAUCAGAAGGAUUUGAGUUUGAUUUUGUCGGAGGAUGUGAACACAGAGGCCUUGAUCGAGAGGAUGAGGUAUGCAGCAAACUCGACUCCCGUUAGAGGGAAGAGUUCGAGUUCUUGGGGUGAGACCGUUUCGUAUAAAUGUGCUCGUUUGAGCGAUCAGCCAAUGCAUAUUGGCCGGAGCCAUUUCUGA